UGUAUUUAGAAUUUGACAAGUCAAAGAAGGUUUUAUGGAAUAUUGUUUUAAGAAAUAUUUUGUAUAAAAAACAAAAAAAUAGAAAAAAAUUCUUAUACAUGUAAAAAAGAAUAUUUUUGGUAUUUACAAUGUCCUUCUCUCGAUUUACUUUUAUGCGUUCUUUAUAUAAACUUAAAGUAAAUAUAUCUUGUCUCCGGCGCUACUCCUCGCAAAACAUCAAUUUGUCAGAUCCCGCAAUUCAGGCUUAUUUAAAAUAUUUGAUGUUAGAACAUGACAAUUUACAUGUACAAUCACGUCGUAACCCAGAAGAAAUCAGACGGCUUCAUCAAAUAAAACCCAUCGUUACCGUGCUCGAGCAGCGCAUAGCACUUUACGAUAGCAUUGAAUCACUGAAGGAAUUAAACAAACGUGACGGACAGGAUGAGGAAAUAAAAGAGAUGGUUAAGGAAGAGGCAGCUAUAUAUUUGAAACGUAUAAAAGAAAUUGAUGGUGAAUUAGAGUCGGUCUUAUUAGAACCAAAAUUGACUGACGGUGGUAUAUUAUUAGAGGUAACAGCUGGCGCUGGUGGACAAGAAGCGAUGCUUUUUGCCAGAGAAUUGUUUGAUCUUUACAAAGCUUACUGUGAGUACAAAGACUGGCAGGUUGAUGUUGCAUCCAUUGAAAAAUCUGAUAUCGGUGGAAUAAGAAAAGGAUCCAUGUUAGUGGCAGGUUAUGGGGCACCGGAGUAUAUGAAAGUAGAAUCUGGUGUACACCGAGUCCAGAGAAUACCUGCGACCGAGAAAGGAGGUCGCAUCCACACUAGUACAGUAUCAGUGGCUGUAUUGCCGCAGGCUACAGAUAUAGAGAUAAAUAUUGCCGAUAGAGAUCUAAAUAUUGAGACUAAACGAGCAAGCGGUGCCGGAGGACAGCAUGUUAACACUACAGACAGCGCUGUUCGAAUAACCCACCUACCAACAGGCACAGUCGUAGAGUGCCAAGAAGGACGAUCACAGAUAAAAAAUAGAGAAAUUGCAAUGCAAAAGUUGAAAACUUUAUUACUACAGAAGCAAGAAGAGGCACAAAUAUCUAAAAUCAAUAAAGAAAGAAAAUUGCAGAUUGGUUCAAGUAAUAGAAAUGAAAAGAUAAGAACUUAUAAUUAUCCUCAAGAUAGAGUCACUGAGCACAGAGAAGGUGGUGGUACCACACAUAGUCUGAAGACUUUCAUGCAGGGUGGAGAACAGUUGGAGACAUUACAGGAAUCACUGCUUAGACACCAGCAGUACCAAGCUCUGAUGGCCGACAUCAAUGAAUUAAUUAACAAAAAUAAAACGGAAACUGCCAAAAGCUAGGCAUCCCAUUAACAAUGUAUAUCUGGCCUCUAAAAGAUUUAUAUGUUGAGAUGUAGAAAAACCCAAAUAGAAUACAAUAAAUAUUUAUUUUGUACCAAAUAAAUCACAUUUUUUUUCUUACAAAAACAAUUAUAAUAUAUUAUAUAAUGAGAUUCAGAUAACUGUACUUAGUAAGACAUGAAAUUCUGUAAUUAAAAAUUUAAAUGUCUAGGACGGGCAAAAAUACAGCUCGACAACAAAAACCAAAAUACUCCCAAGAGAUAUUUAAUAAUAGAAUUUGUCUAAAUCUUCAAA